GUCAACCACACUGUGGUGUGUUGAUGACAGCAGCUGCACAAUGGUGAAAUGGAAGACUUUGCUGGUUGUCCUUGUCAUGGCAGUGUUUCUGGAUGAACAUGUCCUGGCAAUGACGAUCCAUGGAGGUCGAGGUGCUUCUCCACAAAGCAGGCCGUACAUGGUGCUGCUUAAACGAGUGAAGGACGGUGACGUAGUCUCACACUGUGGUGGUUUUCUCCUCAACGAAUACUUCGUACUCACUGCUGCCCACUGCAAAGCUAAGAGCUACACUGCCAUACUGGGGCUUCACAACUACUGGGAGAGUCACGGAACACAGAGAAUCCCUGUGAAAGUAGCACUGCCAUUUGAGGAGUACGAAGGAGGAACUCAGCACGACUUAAUGCUUCUGCAGCUAAGUGCCAAGGCAAACUUCAGCGAAACAAUCCAACCCAUCACAUUUGCAUGUCAACUGGAGAAACGCCUGCCGCAGUCAUGCUCAGUCGCCGGCUGGGGCAACAUCAAAGCCUUCUCUGGAUCAAGUCAAAUGUACCCCAUACUCCAGGAGGCCAAUGUGACCCUGGUUGAGAAUGCGUUUUGUGCAAAUGGAAACUUUUACUGUUCGGGGAGUGAGACUGGACCUCGACAGGGUGAUUCUGGUGGUCCACUGGUUUGCCAAGGUGAGGCCUACGGCGUGAUCUCUCAAUUGUACAGACUGUCUGUAGAUAAGCCUCUCUACACCUAUGUCAAAAUCUCUGACCAUUGCAAGUGGAUCCGUUGUAACAUGAAAAAAUAUCACUGAAUAAAAUUCAUU